GUGAUGACGUAUUUUAUGGUAGCAAUCUAGCAUUUUGACACAUUUGCAGUUAAACACUCACCACUGCUAUACUUCCGUAUUUGUUUUAUACCUUGCAUGUUUCGCCGUCGCAACAUAUGCUUUAAUGACAUACCACAUAACAUAUGGCAAACUGGUGUUGCGGGGCAGGCAGUGCAAGUACUGGAGCUACAUGGCCGUCCGUACCGACACUGAACAAAUGAGCAUGUGACUCAGUACCACGGUCUGCACCACAUGAUCUGGACAAGUGGAGGAGGAAGCCUAAAUCAAUCAGUGGUCGUCCUUCAAUCGCAAAGAGAAGCAGCAAGCCAGCCAUGUCGACAAAAACAUCCCUACUCAAAGUUAUCCUCUUGGGUGACGGCGGCGUGGGAAAGAGCUCCAUCAUGAAUCGGUACGUCACCAACAAAUUUGACGCGCAUCUUUUCCACACCAUCGGUGUGGAGUUCCUCAACAAGGACCUGGAGGUGGACGGCCACCAGGUCACUCUGCAGAUCUGGGACACUGCCGGUCAGGAGCGCUUUCGCAGCCUGAGGACUCCUUUCUACCGUGGCUCCGACUGCUGUUUGCUCACCUUCAGCGUCGACGACAGCCAGAGUUUCCUCAAUUUAGGCAACUGGAAGAAGGAGUUCAUCUAUUACGCGGACGUCAAAGAGCCAGAGAAGUUCCCUUUUGUGAUUUUGGGCAACAAACUGGAUGUGACGGAGAGGCAGGUGUCCGCCGAGGAGGCCCAGCAAUGGUGCCAGGAGAACGGCAACUACCCGUAUUACGAGACCAGCGCCAAGGAUGCCACAAAUGUAGCGGUGGCCUUCGAGGAGGCGGUGCGCAGAGUGUUGGCAAUGGAUGAGCGAGCGGACCACCUCAUCCCCACGGACACGGUCAAGCUCCACCGAAAGCCUCGCUCCGCCACCACCUGCUGCUCCUAACGUCCAUGUGGUGACGAGUAACACAUGGAUAAUGCUGUUAGGUGUACAAAACUGUAUUAUCAUAUUAAAACUAAUAACAUACUUGAUCGGGGUUUGCUUACAGUUGAGAUCGGUUGAAUAGAAACAAUACGAAAUGUACUAUAAAUACACAAAAGCACUGGAUUCACUCCAGUUCAAAGGUCAGACUGAGAAUAAAAAUGUCAUGUAAGCAAUGUAUGGGUACCUAGAAAUAAGCCAAUCAGUAGCUGUGUACUACAUAAGAGUGCAAAAAUAAUAUAGAUUUAAAAAAUUUAAUCAUGUUAAUAUGUAGAAAACUAAGCCCCAUAUACAUUUAAUGCUAAAGCAGUUUAUGUUACUAACAAAUUUGUUGAUUUUGACACCCGUUUGCACAUAUUUCUGCAUUCUGAACAGGUCGCUAAAUUCUCAAAGCACUCAUGUACUAACUCCGGAAUCCAGAUUAAAUAUAAAAUACAAAACUGGAAGAGUUUGUUCCUCUGUUUCCCCCCCCAAAUAAUUGCAAAUAGCAGGAAUUAGAAGUAGAGGAAAAUUAGAUGGAUUUCUGGUUAUUAUUGAUGAAGCCUUCAUAAUAAGAGUUUGUGUUCUGUUAUACAUUUUUUUUUGCAUUUCCUGUUUAUAUUAUUAAUAUGCCAACAAUGAAUAAAGCACCUGGGAAUCUCUUUGGUUA